AUGCACGUGCGACGGAUACGUAUAACGCUGAUCGAUCGAGACGUAGUUCAGAUGAAAGACCAAGAUGUUGUACGUGGCGUACUUUCCUUUCUUUACAAGAUUUCUUUUCUCGUUGGUAAAAAGAUCGAACAACUCGUAUGUGGCCAACAUGCGAGCACGACGUGCACGUCUCUACACUACGGUCUGCAUCAAGAUUGUAAAAUGGCGGACGGCUGGCUGACCUGCCUCGAUGUGACGAUGACCACUAACAACAAAAAAGUCUGCACGGAGAACUAUGGCGUCCAUAACAAUUCCGUUUGGGUACAAGAUGGCUGCAAGGCUAGCUUCGAAGCUUGUUACGUCAAAGAUGUUUCUGGUUCACAACUUCGACAGAGGACACUAGAGUGCCGGAACUUGGAUGAUACUUAUAAAAUGUGUGAGGUAGAGGGCGCUAGGCUAGUUAAGGAUGUGGAAUUGAAAUAUGAACUUCCUUCCCACGGACCAUGUUCCAAAGGAAUUAGUUACGGAAUAUUCAACAAUUCAAUGUGGAUUCAUUCAGGAUGCAAUGGAAUAUUCGAUAUUCAAUAUUACGAAGCAAAGUCUUCAUCACCGGGUGGAACGUUUGCCCCGCCCCCUACACCCGUCCCGUCUACAACACCUCGUCCUACACCAGCUCCAACGCCGAAACAUACCACGCCUUAUGUGAAGUAUCCGUUUGAUCCGGAGACUCCACGACCCCCACAUCGACCUACCACCACACCGCAACUUAGUAGCACAACCCAGGCGACAGGUGCCACGCCCUUCCAGGGCCGUGACAAUCUGGUCCCCAUCACAGUGGCUGUGUUUAUGGGUGUUUUUGUUGCCCUAUUGCUCGUCCUGUUUGCAGUGUUGUGGAUUUGUCGGCGGAAUACGGUUGUCAAGCGCCAUCUUGGGGAUCCAGGCACCAAUGAGAAAUCAACAAGGGAAAGUGACGAGCUCUCGAAUGCGUACGAGGAGAUCGCCCCUGUGCUGGAGUUAUCCCGUUACGAGAAGUCAAGAGAAGACGAUCCUUUCUUGGCGACUAAACCAAACAAUUUAAAUAUGGAACACAAUAACAAUCCUCCACUACCACCCAACAACUAUUUUAUUCUGGAACCCCACACACCAGAUCCUCCCACCCCUAGGGGAUCAACAAUCAGCUCGUCCAGUCAUGGCUACUACAAGGUGGAUCCGGGUGCUCCGCCCCUUAUGGCUCCUUCUCUCACACUUCCGCCUCAGGCCGGAGCUACAACAUACUACGGUGCCCCUCCUCUUCCAGACCCUAACGUGCAGCCAUAUGCACAGACAAUGCUCCAGUUGGACCACAUGUCCAAACCUUUUGUGAGGAAUAUACCAUCAGCUCCAACUAGACCAGACGAUACUAGCUCAAUACAAUUCUCUCCUGGUGAAACAAAAUUUGUGAAUUAUAACACGAACCCGUCAACUUUCACACCCAUUCCGCAAUAUCCGUCCCUCCAUCGCCACAGUUCUAGGACAAGUGGCAGCACAGACAGUGGGUACGAGAAAAUAGAGGAUCAUUGGUGUGAUCCCAGACGGUCAAGUGGUGCGGCCACGCCGGAUAGGGUUGGUCAUUCGUCUACUCCGGACAGACUAAGCCACUCGUCUGCUUCAGACCGACAUUGUCACUCUACAACGCCCGAUAGACUUAGUCACUCCUCCACUCUGGAGCGCCAUUGUCACUCAUCAACACCAGAUAGGCUUUUGUUAGGUGACUCGCGACACAAGCCAAACUCUGGUCCGUACACUAGUUUUGAUAAUCACACACACUGUUAAACUUUAUU